AUGGAGACUCUCGAUGCUCACACCCCCACUCAUCAGACACUCGGACCGCAAAAGGCGGCAGAGCUCGAUAAGGAGCUCAUGAGCGAGGAGGGCGGAUUCAGCAUCGACCAACUCAUGGAGUUGGCUGGAUUGAGCGUCUCUCAAGCCGUAUACAAGGUCCAAAAUCCCCAAGACGGCAAAAACAUCCUCAUAGCAUGUGGGCCAGGAAACAACGGAGGCGACGGCCUCGUCUGUGCCCGCCACCUGCACCACUACGGCUACACCCCCAAGAUCUACUACCCCAAACCGACCAACGCGACCAUCUUCACGGGCCUCCAGAAGCAGCUGCACCAUCUGCACAUCCCGUUCCUCUCCACGCCCGAGGACUUCGACGCCGAACUCGCCCACGCGGAUCUCAUCGUCGAUGCGCUCUUCGGAUUCAGCUUCAAACCGCCCGUGCGCGAGCCGUUCGACAAGGUCCUCUCGUCGAUCAUCUCGUCCAAGGUCCCCGUCCUGGCGGUGGACACCCCUUCGUCGUGGGACGUAGAGUCCGGCCCGCCGAGCGAGGAGUUCGUCGGCCACAAUUUCAUGCCCGAGUACCUCAUCUCGCUCACGGCGGCGAAGCCGAGCGUCAAGUUCUACAAGGGAAAGAGACAUUUCAUUGGCGGCAGGUUCUUGAGCCGUGAUGUCGCGGCCAAGUAUGGGCUUGAUGUGCCUAAUUAUCAGGGCGUCGAUCAGAUCGCCGAGGUGGAGGUGGGAGCGCCGGUGGAGAAAUUGUGA